AUGGCUCCCUGGUCGGUCUUCCUUCUGCUGCUCCCUUCGCUCCUUCCGCAAUCCCAAGCAUCUCCAGCGCGCUUUCCGCAACGGGAUGUCAGCAGCGCUUCAACAGCUUCCGGCUCUGACUCUUUCUCUUCGCCAUGGCAAUGGGCUGCGAUUCCCUCCAGCGCGCCAUACCUGACCCCGGGCAACUCGUCAUCAACCUCGCCGCCAUACCAACCUAGCAGCUCCAGGGCCAGCAGUGUUCCUGCGCCGUCCAGUCAGUCAACGUCGAGACGACCUCGCGUCUCCAUCAGCAGCUCCUCUGCGUCUCGAGCAAGGUCUUCUGGCCCCAGCUCUUCAAGCUCGAUCCCCGCCAAAGCUGGAGCAAGCUCUUCCAGUUCAAUCCCUCGAACUAGCGCCAGCUCCAUCACUGGAAAUGGUGCCAGUUCUUCAAGCUCUACCCCUCGUGGAACUAGGAGAAGCUCUUCUAGUUCCAUACCUCUUACACCUAGCACCGGCUCUAGCUCCAUUCCUGUGAAAACUGGAGAGAGCUCUUCCAGCUCAAUCCCUGGAAGUGGUGCCAAGAGUUCUUCCAGUUCAAUCCCUCGACCUAGUGCCAGCGCUUCGAGCUCUAUUCCUCAUGGAACUGGUACAAGCUUUUCCAGUUCUACCUCGGUGGGAGUUGGUGUCAGCGCCUCAAGCUCUGUCUCUUAUCCAACUGGCAUAAGCACUUUCAGUUCAACCCCUCUCAGAACUAGUGCCAGCUCAAGUUCUGCCUCUUUGGGAGCUGUCAGCUCUACCACUGGAGGAAGUUUUUCGAGUCCUGCGUCUGCUGCUCCUUACAGCGGCACAUGGAGUGCCACGCCCACGUUACCUACGGAAGCCUUUCCUUCCUAUGAAGCCCCGACAACGACCAUCACCGGUGCAGCAGCCACUUCGCAAGCGGCAAACCUGUCGGGAUUAUUCUUCGCCCUCUACGCGAACAGGCAAUACAUCACUGAUCCCGAGCGGAAAGCCGAGUAUGUCAACGACGUCAAGAAAACCCAAGAUGAAACCUUGGCCCUCUUCCAUUCGUUAUCUGUCCAGCCUCCAGCGGAUCCCGCGUGCUCUCACACGAAGAUCAAGAGGAGUUUGAUCUCCGGGCUGACCGAUCUGAUCGGGGAUGUCUCCAAACUCAUCAGUUGCGCGACCGAGGUGGUCGGCAAUCUGGUCAAUGCCGUUGAAGCGUCUGAGCCAUCCCUCCCGGAGAUUGAGCUUCUCACAGAUACGCUCAAUGAUAUCGGUCAAGACCUGCAGAAUGCGGAAAAGAACCCGACCAAUUCCCCGUCCCAGUCCGAAGCGUCUUCAACACGAGCGUCGUCAUCAUGUACGGCGAGCACAGCAGUUCCACGAUGCACCGAAACUAUCUCUCUUUCUACGUCGUUCUUCUCCGGAGCCACCGUGAGCUCGACAGUGGAGACGAUCACGACAACCGCGUGUACGACCAUCACCGCGUGCGAUGCUUCAGCGACUACGACAACCACCACGGUCUCGACCAGCACAUCUUCCGGCGGGAUUGUCUGCGCGACCGAUUGUGCGGCGUGCUCGAGCCCCAUCCCCACGACCAAAGCCAGGCGUGGCCAGCCACUGGAGGAGCGGACUUUGCCUGACCCCGACUGGUUUGAUAGUAAGGAUCAGUAUGUCAUGGACCAAAUCGAAUCCUUUGAUGGGGUGAAGAUAGAGCUUGAGCACCGGCACUCAGGGAAACUUUCAAGCGCUGUAACCAGCAGCUGGCUUACGACUCCCGAGAAGCUUUAUGUUACCGGACUGUUUGGCUGUACCUCAGUGGUCAUCAUCUCGGAAGCGGGAGUAUGGUUCAGCCAUUUUUGGGAAAGCCCAUCAUUCGAAGGUGAUGACGCGCAGUUCGAGUCACAGGUCAUCGAUGCAAUCAAGUCUGGUGAUGGACCCAAGAUGCCCAGCCCGUUCCCACUGGCCGCGGACGGACAAAUAUUGAACCCUGCAAAUAAUGUUGAGAUAUAUAUCUCGACGCCAAAGGAUCCGAACACUGGACAGUUUCUUUACAGUGACCGAGUCGCGUUGAUCGAGUCAACUCUGACUGGGGACGGUGCUCCUUGGAAAGGAGUUCCGGUCACUAUUCGGGGUUAUUUGAAGCCAAUAGACGAGAGACAAGAGCAGGCCUUCAUGUUGAGGGCUAACAGCAAGGUUCUUAUUGAAUAUGAUAAUAACCAGGAGCCUGAAGAGGGCGAGGAACCGAACCCGGUGCAGCAAGCCAUUUAUCGAGUCUGGUUGGAACAACAGAUGUACCAGCAUGAAUGGGACGCGAAAGAUUCGCAGAAAGGUGCUUCCUGCGCAAACACUGGGAACCAGAAACGCCAGGCCGGAGGCUCUUGCAGCCAACCUGCGGUGAGCACUGGAACGAGCGUGGCUGUACCAGGAGCUUCCACCGGAAGCACUCGUUCUCCUUCUGGCUCAAGGGGAGCCAGCGUUCCAGGAUCGAGCUCGGCACUUUCCGGCAGCUCCUCUACAGGACAUGCUACUACCACAAUCACGCCUCAACCAACCUCGAGCGGAGCCAGUAUUCCAGGAUCAAGCUCAGCACCUUCCAGCAGCUCCUCUGUAAGACAUACCAUCACCACAACAUCUCGAGCAACCCCAACAAAGACCUCUUCUACCCCCGUCACCGUCACCCCUUUCACAACAACCCAGUCCAACGGUGAGGUCGUCUCCUGCGCUUCCUACACCUACUACAACAACCACGUCCAAUGCGCGGGUCUCCGCCCUCGGGCCAUCGAGUCCGCCGCUUCCGCCGCCUCCGCCUCCUCCGCCUCCGCCGCAUCCGCUGCCUCUGCCGCCGCAGAAGCCUCCGCCGUCUGGGCCAUCGAGGCCGCCGUCCCCUCUGCAAGCUGCCAGAUACUUGAAGACGACGGCUUCGGGGACUCGGUCUUUGAAGUCUACGGCAUCAACGGCUGGGCUGGCAACGGCGUAGAGCUGUUCGUGCAAGAAAAGGGAUGCGGCCUCAUCUCCGGGUACGAGUUCCACACCGACGGCGAGGCCGAGUUCAAGGGGGUGAUGCGCAACACGCAGUACGCGUUCUUUGGCCUGAGCUUCUUCAAGGGCGGAUGCGUGGAGCGCGCAGUGCACUCGGCAGGGGGGCCGGAGCCCGGUAAUGGGCCGUUCCAGAUCGCGUGCCAGCAUGGCCCGCCCGAAGGCCUGAAUGAGACGCAGCGAAAUGCCGUGACGAGGGUGCGGGGCGCGCAGGUGAAACUCGUCGAGGCGGUUGCGAAUGGAACGCUGCCCGCUGAUCAGGAGUCUGUGCGAACUAAUGGCGAGAAUGCAAGCCAGCCGGAUCCAGAGCUCGUGGCGAGCGCGAGGGCGGCGCUGCCUCAUCUGCUCCAGCAGGCGAGCUCAACACCGACUCCGUCUCCGUCAUCGUGA